UUGAGCUCAGAGAUAGCUCAGAGAUAAAAUUUUAUUCAAGUACCUUAGAAAAAUGUCACAUUUGCUCUACAAUACAACUGGAGGUUGAAAAAAUCAGCAAAAUGACCCGAAAUAUUUUAAGCAGUAGCGUUCAAAACGCCUCUUUUAGCAUUAUAUUUCAGAUUCUCUUCAGAUGUAUUACUUUCGUUUUAAACGCUUUUAUUAUAAGAACUGUAGGACAAGAUGUCCUGGGAAUCAUGAAUGUAAGACUUCUUCUACUCGAGUCGACUAUAUUAUUUCUUUCAAAGGAACCCCUUUUGAAAGCAUGUCUUACAAAUACAAAAUCACAUAAUUGGGCACAAGUUAUAAAUAUGAUAUGGUUGUCGGUUCCUCUGUCAGGAGUGUUAGGUGCUGUCUUAGUAUAUGUUUGGAUAAACCUACUAAGCCCAACUGAUGAAGUUUAUAUUGCACAAUAUAAACUUGGAUGCUAUGCUAUUGCAAUCUCAUGUAUCAUAGAGCAGUGUACUCAAAGUGUUAUUUUAGUAGCUCAAAGCUACUGUUUUGUUAAGUUGAAGAUAGUAUUUGAAACAAUCUAUAUUUUAAGUAGGACAUUCAUUUUUGUAUAUUUCGUAUUGAGUUAUCCGAAUAAUGCAAUAACUGCAUUUUCUCUGGCCCAAAUAUUUUCUGCAGUGAUAUUGUGCGGACUGUAUUAUGGAUUUUUUACCUGGUAUAUUCUAAAAUUGAAUGAAAUAAAAGCACUGGAUGGAGAUGAUAAAAAAACUAGUCACAAUGGAACUUUAUUUGCUGAUAUGAGUGAUUUUCCUUUCAGAAGUAUCUUAAAUUUUUUCCCUGGUUUUAUGUUCAAUGAGGAUGAAUCAAUUAAUAGAAAGCUUUUAGUUUUGACAGUAAGUUUUGUGAAACAGUGUGUUAUAAAACAAGUCCUAACCGAAGGCGAAAGAUAUGUGAUGACUAUAUCACCUGUUUUAACUUUUAGUCAACAGUCUGUUUAUGACAUUGUAAAUAAUUUGGGUAGUCUAGCAGCAAGAUUUAUAUUUCGGCCUAUAGAGGAAUCAGCAUAUUUUUAUUUCACCCAAAUGGUAUUAAGGGAUGAACCUUUAGAUAAACAGGAUAAAAAAAAAAUAGCCGAAGCAACUAAUGUUUUAAAUCAGUUGUGUAAAAUAGUUACUAGUAUUGGUCUGUUAGUUGUAACAUUUGGUCAGUCCUAUAGUUCUACUCUAUUAUAUUUAUAUGGUGGCAAAAAAUUGAUAGAAAGUGAUUUACCUACAACUCUGCUGCAAUUUCACUGCUUUGCUAUAGUUCUUCUGGCAAUUAAUGGUGUAACAGAGGCAUAUGUAUUUGCUACCAUGACAAAUAUACAGUUAGAUAGGUAUAACUACGUAAUGGUAGUAUUCUCAAUCAGUUUUUUGUUGAUAUCAUAUAUUUUAACAAAUAUAUUGGGACCUGUAGGAUUUAUAGUUGCUAAUUGUAUUAACAUGGCAGCAAGAAUAAUCCAUAGUUUAUAUUUUAUCCAUGAAAAAUUCUUAAAAACUGGAUACAAACCUAUUGAAGGCUUAAUACCUGAUAAAAAAUAUAUUGCAAUUUUAGUUAUUUCAGGAAUAGGCACAAAAUUGUCAGAAAAAUGUAUCUUACCUAAUACAGUUCUUGGCCAUAUCGGAAUAGGAAUGUUACUAUUAUUAGGAACAUUGGUUGUAUGGGCUAUUGACAAUCAAACUUUGUUAAAAUUAGGAUAUGCAAAAUACAAAAGAAAAUUAUCUAUCAAAACUGACUGAAUAUUAUUAUAGGUAUAUUUGUGAUAAAAAAUAUUUUCUAUAUAUAAUUUAAUUCUUAAUAAAGUCUAUCUAUAAAAG